AUGGCCCCCAACGUCCCCAAGUCCGGCAUCUGGGUGCCCGCCGUGACCUUCUAUGACGCCAAAACGGGGCGUCUGGACCUUGUCGCGCAGAAGAAGUACUUCACCUACCUCAAGUCGACGGGGCUUGCAGGACUUGUAGUCCUGGGGACCAAUGCCGAAGCGCUCCUCUUGACCCGGGAUGAACGCAUUGCGAUUACAGUAGCUGCACGGCAGGCCGUCGGUCCGGAUUUCCCGCUCAUGGUUGGCGUGUCUGGGUUCUCCGUCAUUCAGGUGCAGGAGUAUAUCGACGACGCCAAGAAGGCUGGCGCUGACUAUGGGCUGCUUCUGCCAGCUGCGUACUUUGGCGCCGCAACAACCAAAGAAGUAGUAAGCAACUUCUACGACGAAGUAGCAAAGAGCAGUCCACUGCCUCUAGUAAUCUACAACUUCCCCGGCGUCAGCAACGGCGUCGACCUAGACUCCGUCACCAUCUCCGACCUCGCACGCAAGAACCCCGGAAAAAUCGUCGGCGUAAAGCUAACCUGCGGGAGCGUCGCAAAGAUCACGCGUCUCUCCGCCGAGCUCCCCCCCUCAGACUUCGCCACCUUCGCAGGCCAAGCCGACUUCUUGAUCGGCGGGCUGGCCGUCGGCGCCGCGGGGUGCGUCACAGGCUUCGGCAACAUCUUCCCCAAGACGGUGGUUAGGAUCUACGAGCUGUACACGGCCGGGAAGCACCAGGAGGCUCUGGAUCUGCACCGCAGGGCGGCGCUCGCGGAAAGCCCCGUGAAGGCUGGGAUCGCGAGUGUCAAGUACGCCGUCAGCCAGUACAGCGCUGUAGCGGCGGGGAUCGAGGACGCCGAGGCCAAGCUGGCGCCGCGGAGGCCAUAUGUUCCUGUUGGUGAGACGGUCAAGAAGGGGAUUACGACGACGAUGGAGGAGGUGGCGCGGAUUGAGGCCGGGUUGUAG